CACUCGCAUAACACACUGGCACACAAGAGCGCGCGCGCGUGCGUGCGUAUCCAAGCCCUCCGCGCGCGGUGGAGAGACCAGUGCGGUCCCGCGCGCUGUCAUUUCAGGACUGCUUGUGCUCUAUCAAACUCUCUCUCUCUCACACACACAUACACACAGACACACACACACACAUGCACUAGAGCACGGGCGCGCGCGCACACACACUGGCGUGGCGGAACGCGCUGCUGUCGCGCAGUGAUUCUCUUCGCGUCUCCGGGACUUUUUAGCUCUCUGUCUUCUCCAGCAGGUCAUACUGAGAAAUAAAGCAGUCUGACCCAAGAGUUGAAAGGGUCAAAGGUCAUGACCUUACUUUGAUCCCAGAUCCCUCUCUUCCGCUCUGGUGACCUCAUGUUCCACACGUUCCCUAACAAAUCGCGGGCGCAGACGUCAGUCAGCAUGGAGAAGACGUAUUCGCUCACGGCGCAUUACGACGACUUCCAGGAGAUCAAGCAGGGCAGUCGUUACAGCAGCAGCACGCUGAGUAACGGCAUGAGUCUGCAUCUGGGCGGAUCCCUGGACCGUGGCAGCCGUGGCCGGAGUGGGCGGGACAAAUGUGUGGGCGUGGCUGGGGGUGGAGCUGGGGGCGGGGCUCCGGCUCGCUGGAGCCGGCGUGAAAUCUGCCUGCUCUCUGCGUUAGUUUUCGCAGCGGGGAUGUGCGUGAUUCUCGGAUGCAUGCUGGCACUGAAGUUUCUGUCACUGGAAGCACAGGAUUCUCAUUGUCGUCAGGAUUGUAUGAAGCGGCGUUCGUUGCUACGGGCCGCACGCUUCGUCCAGGGGAACGUCGACCCGAGCGUCCAGCCUUGUUACGACUUCUACAGCUUUGCUUGCGGCGGGUGGCUCCGCAGACAUGGAAUACCGGAGGAUAAACUUAGCUACGGGAUCAUCACCGCCAUCGGAGAACAGAACCAGGAGAAGCUGCAGCGCCUCCUACAGGCGCCGGUGCAGAGGAACGAGCCGGACAGUGCCGAGAGAAAGGUUAAAGAAUUUUAUCGCUCAUGUAUCAACAUGAAGGAAAUUGAUCGCCUGGGGGCGGAGCCUAUGACAGAGGUGAUUGACAGCUGCGGUGGGUGGGACCUGUCCGGAGCUCCUCCCGGAGGGGCGGGGUGGGACAGUGGCUCCGCCCCCGUGAGGCCAGAUUUUAAUGAGAUGCUGUUUAAGACGCAGGGAGUUUACAGCACAUCCGUUUUCUUUUCACUCACCGUCAGCGUGGACGAUAAAAACUCGUCACGCAACGCCAUACGGAUCGAUCAGGAGGGUUUGACUCUGCCGGAAAGGACUCUGUAUCUGGGACAAGAUGAAGACAGUGUGAAGAUUCUGGCAUCUUAUAAGGCACUGAUGGAAAGAUUGCUGAGCAUGCUGGGAGCUCACAACGCCACGCUGAAAUCUCGAGAGAUUCUGGAUCUGGAAACGAGACUGGCAAACAUCACUGUGACUGAAUAUGAUGACCAAAGAAAGGACAUCAGCAGCAUGUACAACCGGAUAACACUGAAACAACUGCAGAAAAUGGCUCCAAGUUUCCACUGGAAGCGUUUGUUGGACCGGAUCUUCAGUGAUAAUUUCUCUGAUGAAGAGGAGAUCAUAGUUUUGGCCACUGAUUACAUGCAGACAGUGUCGGACAUCAUUAAAACCACGUCUAAACGGGUUCUUCAUAACUACAUGUUGUGGCGUAUCGUGGCGGCGCUGAGCGAGCAUCUCUCCACGGCGUUUCGCAGCACGAUUCAUGAGUUCUCGCGCGAGGUCGACGGAGGCGAGCGUCAGCUGGAUCUGGAGCGGCUGUGUCUCAAUCAGGCCAACAAACACUUCGGCAUGGCCCUCGGCGCGCUCUUCGUCCAGCAGCACUUCUCCUCCUCCAGCAGAGCCAAGGUGCAGGAGCUGGUGGAGGACAUCAAACACUCGUUAGAUCAGAGACUGCAGGAGCUCGACUGGAUGGAUGAAGAAACCCGAGGCGCUGCCCGAGCGAAGCUGCAGCACAUGAUGGUUAUGACCGGUUAUCCUGACUUCCUGUUAAAUCCUGAGCUCGUAGACGAGGAGUACGGGUUUGAUGUGAACGAGAAAACAUACUUCAGGAACGUCCUCAACAGCAUCAAGUACAACAUCAAGCUCUCCGUCAAAAAGAUCCAACGAGAGGUGGACAAGACCACGUGGCUUCUUCCACCACAGGCUUUAAAUGCGUAUUACCUGCCAAACAAAAACCAGAUGGUUUUCCCUGCAGGAAUUCUCCAGCCGACUCUCUACGAUCCGGAAUUCCCUCAGUCACUGAACUACGGAGGAAUCGGAGCGAUCAUCGGUCACGAGCUCACACACGGAUACGACGACUGGGGUGGGCAGUACGAUCGCUAUGGCAACCUGAAGCAGUGGUGGACUGAAGAGUCGUACAGGAAGUUUCAGAAGAAGGCGGAGUGUAUCGUCAAACUGUACGACAACUUCACUGUGUACAACCAGAGGGUUAACGGGCGUCAGACGCUGGGUGAGAACAUCGCUGAUCUCGGCGGACUCAAGUUGUCUUUUUAUGCGUAUCAGAAGUGGGUUCGUGAACACGGACCGGAGCGUCCUCUGCCCGGACUCAAAUACACACACGAGCAGCUCUUCUUCAUCGCGUUUGCUCAGAACUGGUGCAUGAAGAGACGGUCGCAGUCGAUUUACCUGCAGCUGCUGACGGAUAAACACGCUCCUGAACAUUACAGGGUGAUCGGCAGCGUGUCUCAGUUCGAGGAGUUCGGCCGUGUGUUUCACUGUCCCAGAGGGUCGCCCAUGCAUCCGGUCAACAAAUGUGCCGUCUGGUGACCUUUGACCCCUGAGCGUCUCCUCAUCGCCCUCAUCUCCCUGAUGAACCGCCCCGAGCUGCUCCGACGCCGUUUGAUGUUUACAGCACUUGAAGAGUGAUCAGAAAUCAUUAGAAGAAUGGCAUCUACGCUAAUAUUAGUCUGUUUCUCUCUUAUUCCGAGAUAGUUCACACGGAUCUUUCUUUGAAAUGUUUAUUUUUAUACUCGGAUGCAGAGAAUCAGCUGUGACUGUGAGGAUGAGCUGCAUGUUGAUGUUUUGAUAUGACGUGUUUCGUCAGACAUGUUUCGUGUUUUUUAAGUUUAAAGUUUUCAGAGGAUCAACAUCAAAUACAGUGAUUUUACGUUGCCCCUGUGUGUCGAUAUUGUGGAAACCUGUGUCUGCCUUUGAAAAAAUAUGUAUAAAAUGUAAUUACAACUUUUUAAUCUCACAGUAACGCCUUUUUUCUCCAAAUUGCAAGUUUAUAUCUUGCAAUUCCAAGUCACAUACUCACAGCUCAGAUUUUUCUUACAAUUCAGACAUUUUUCUCAGAAUUCAAAUUUUUUUCGCAGUUUAGAAUUUUUCUCAUAAUGCAGACUUUCUCGCAAAUCAGAUUUUUUUUCUUUUGACUUUUGACUUUUUUCUUGCAAUUCUGUUUUUUUUUCAAGACAGGAUAAAAAAAGGUGAUUGUGACUUUUUUUUUUGCAUGUAAUUUGGAUUUAGCUUCUCAUAAUCCCAAGUUUACAGUAUGUCUCACAAUUCUGAGAACUGAGCAAGAAAAAAGUCUAAAUUGUGAGAUAUAAACUCAGAAUUGCUAGGAAAAAAGUCACCUUUUUGAUUUCGUUAUUCCAUGGUGGAAAUAAGCUUCCUGUAUGAUUCUGUGCUGAGCUUUUCUCAAGGUGUAUUUUUAACUCUCACUCAUGUAUCUCGUCCCAAUCAGAAACCGAAAGACUUUGUCUUAUUCAGCACCUCAGAUGCAUCAUGUUUCACCUUUAUUUAAUUUUUUCCCCACUCAGGACAGAGACCCCAUGGCAUUCUGGGAGAAUAAGCAGGAUAUUUGAGACAGAUGAUGACUUAUUUUGAGAUAAAAAUAAGAGCUAUGUUCCUGAUGUGUUAUGUCCUGUGAUCUUCAGAACUGACUUUUUAGUGAUGCACCUAACCCAACAUUUCUGUCAGAUUCAAACAAACAUUUAUGCCACUGAAAUGAUCAUGGGUUGUUAUUAUUAUUAUUAUUAUUAAAAAACUUUAAUUUUGUAUAAAGUUUUUGCCCAUGAAAGAGUAACUUUGUACAGAUGAAUUAUAUGAAAGUAAAAAAAAAAGUACAGGUUAAAUAAAGCAUGUUUGCUGUUAAAACAGGACUUUCCUCAGUGUUCAAUGAAGAGCUGGAAAAUGCUGAAUUCUUCAUAAUCCAUGUUUGGAAUAAAACAAAGUCAUAUGCAAAAA